AUGUCUGCCAAAAAAAUCGCAAUUGUCGUGAUUUUAGUGUCAUCUGCGAUCAUCUUGAUGCUGCCAAUGCGGAGUUCGGGCGAUAACCAGCCCCAGAUAUUUUACGCUAUUGCUGACGACAACGAUAAUAUUAGGAUUCGACUCACGGAAGAUGGUAGACUAGUCGGCAAAGCUAGUUACACUCGGAGUAUAAACGUUACAGGGUGGGAUUAUCUAGAAAUACUUACAUCCAUUAAGAAAGAUGACGCCACGCAAGCCUAUGCGGCUGGUUUGUUGGAAGGAUACGUUACUGCUGACUUGAUAAACACUUAUUGGCAUAAUGUUUUUAAAAAUUUCUGUGACGGUCUAGCUGAUUUGUGUGCAAAACUUGAUGAAUUCUUGCGAACGAAUAAAAAUUGGGUCAUAUCCCAAGUAGUAGAGAAAAAUGGAACGGAUUCGUAUUGGCAUCAAGUUGAUCUCAUGUACAAGCAACUCGAUGGAUUAUACGAUGGAUAUAAGCUGAAUACAAAAGAAGGAAUGCAGUCUUUAACAUGGGAAAAUUUUUUUUGGAUGAACGUUCAAGAAGAUUUAUUUAAUUUAUGCGAUGCCUUUAAUUCAUCGCACCCUCAUAAAAAACAGUUAGGGGUUGAAUCAUGUUCAGUUCUUAUAAAAUUACUACCUGGAUCUAAAGAGUUAUUCUUAUCUCACGUUACUGGGAAUCGGUACGAAACAAUGCUGAGAAUACAAAAGCGAUAUMGUCUUAAUUAUAAGGAAAGUAAAUCUUCGUAUCAACUGGUGUUAGGACAUGAUAUAACAUUUAGUUCUUAUCCUGGAUUCCUAUAUUCGAUGGACGAUUUUUACUUGAUUUCUUCGGGUUUAGCUGUCACUGAAACCUCCAUUUCAGUUUACAAUCCACAGUUAUGGGCCAAUGUUCAGCCAGUUGGGCAGGUAAUGGUUUUCGUUCGGGCGAUGGUGGCGAAUCGGUUAGCGUCUGAUGGAUUAGCCUGGACGAAGUUGUUCAAAAAAUACAACAGCGGUACGUACAACAAUCAGUGGCUGGUGAUAAAUUACUCGUUGUUUCGGCCAGGCCGCAAAAUGCCUAGAAGAGGGUUGCUCUUCAUGCUCGAACAAAUUCCGGGACUGGUCGAGACGCGUGAUGUGACCGAAUUGUUUACGAACCAGACGUACUGGGCGAGCUAUAACGUGCCAUUCUUACCGGCGAUAUCCGAGGCAAGCGGUCAAGACGAUAUGGCAAAGCAAUAUGGAAAUUGGUUUUCAUACCAAGACACUCCCCGGGCUCGUAUAUUUGCCAGAGACCAUGUCGGUGUGACGGACAUGUCAAGCAUGAUGCGUCUGAUGCGUUCCAAUGAUUUUAGAAACGAUCCUGAGUCCAGGUGUGAAUCUUGUGAUCCUCCGUAUUCGGCUGCAAACGCCAUUUCAUCCAGGAAUGAUUUAAAUGACAAGGACGGCGUGUACCCGUUUGAAGCACUUGGCUAUUCGAACCAGGGCGCUAUAGAUGCCAAAGUGACGAGCCAUAUGACCUUCAAGAAGCUAAAAUUUUUGGCGGUCUCUGGACCAACCUGGGGUACCAAAGGACUUCUCGGCGAGUUCUGUUGGAGCAAAUCACGCGCGGCCAAUGUCAGUCAUGUCGGAUUACCUGACUGUUGGAGUUUCAAACCUAAGUUGCACCGAUGGCAGUGGAAAAACUAG